AUCUGAUUUCUCUUUUUUUCUAGGAGGUGUGAUUGCCUACAUCAGUUCUUCCAGCUCAGCCUCUAGCCCUGCCUCUUGUCACAGUGAGGGAUCUGAUAACAGUUUCCAGUCCUCCUUCUCUUCUGUUCCAUCUUCUCCAAAUAGCUCUAAUUCUGAUAACAAUGGUAAUCCCAAAAGUGGUGAUCUCUCCAGUAUUGAAGGCAUUCUGAAAAAUGAUCGAAUAGAUUGUUCUAUGAAAACAAGCAAGUCAAGUGCACCUGGCAUGACAAAGAGUCAUAGUGGAGUGACAAAAUUUAGUGGCAUGGUUCUUCUGUGUAAAGUCUGUGGGGACGUGGCGUCGGGAUUCCACUAUGGAGUUCAUGCUUGUGAAGGCUGCAAGGGUUUCUUUCGGAGAAGCAUUCAGCAAAACAUCCAGUACAAGAAGUGCCUGAAGAAUGAAAACUGUUCUAUAAUGAGAAUGAAUAGGAACAGAUGUCAGCAGUGUCGCUUUAAAAAGUGUCUGUCUGUUGGAAUGUCGAGAGAUGCUGUUCGGUUUGGUCGUAUUCCUAAGCGUGAAAAACAGAGGAUGCUAAUUGAAAUGCAGAGUGCGAUGAAGAGCAUGAUGAACAGCCAGUUCAGUGGUCAUUUGCAAAAUGACACAUUAGUAGACCAUGAACAGACAGCCUUACCAGCCCAGGAACAGCUGCGACCCAAGCCCCAGCUGGAGCAAGAAAGCAUCAAAAGCUCUUCUCCUCCCUCUUCUGAUUUUGCAAAGGAGGAAGUGAUUGGCAUGGUGACCAGAGCCCACAAGGAUACCUUUUUGUAUAAUCAAGAGCAGCGAGAAAACUCAGCAGAGACCAUGCAGCCCCAGAGAGAACGGAUUCCCAAGAACUUGGAGCAGUAUAAUUUAAAUCAUGACCAUUGUGGCAAUGGGCUUAGCAGCCAUUUUCCUUGUAGUGAGAGCCAGCAGAAUCUCAAUGGACAGUAUAAGGGGAGGAACAUAAUGCACUACCCAAAUGGGCAUGCCAUUUGUAUUGCAAAUGGACAUUGUAUGAACUUCUCCAAUGCUUAUACUCAAAGAGUAUGUGAUAGAGUUUCGAUAGAUGGAUUUUCUCAGAAUGAGAACAAGAAUAGUUACCUGUGCAACAAUGGAGGGAGAAUGCAUCUGGUUUGUCCAAUGAGUAAGUCUCCAUAUGUGGAUCCUCAUAAAUCAGGACAUGAAAUCUGGGAAGAAUUUUCAAUGAGCUUCACCCCGGCAGUGAAAGAAGUGGUGGAAUUUGCAAAGCGUAUUCCUGGAUUCAGAGACCUCUCUCAGCAUGACCAAGUCAACCUUUUAAAGGCUGGGACUUUUGAGGUUUUAAUGGUACGGUUUGCUUCAUUAUUUGAUGCAAAGGAGCGUACUGUCACCUUUUUAAGUGGAAAGAAGUAUAGCGUGGAUGACUUGCACUCAAUGGGAGCCGGGGAUCUGCUGAAUUCUAUGUUUGAGUUUAGUGAGAAGCUGAACGCUCUCCAGCUUAGCGAUGAAGAGAUGAGUUUGUUUACAGCAGUUGUCCUGGUAUCUGCAGAUCGAUCUGGAAUAGAAAACGUCAACUCUGUGGAGGCUUUGCAGGAAACUCUCAUCCGUGCACUAAGGACCUUAAUAACGAAAAACCACCCAAAUGAGGCCUCUAUUUUUACAAAACUUCUUCUAAAGUUGCCAGAUCUUCGAUCUUUAAACAACAUGCACUCUGAGGAACUCUUGGCCUUUAAAGUUCACCCCUAAAGGCCUUCAUUUAUUUAACAUGAACUGAGUCAUAUUAACUGUACAUUUGUGCUAAAAUGCUUAUUUAUAUGUGUAUACUGUACCAUAUGUGGAGGUAGGAAGGCCUUUAAGAAACACAAGAUUGUAGGCCAUCUCUUUGUCAUGCAGUAGCUGUUUGGAUUGAGAUUUUUUUCAGCUAUGAUUAGACGACCGCAUUUCCCUGGUAGACCAAUCAGCUGUGUCGCACUUAACUGGAGAAGUUACACUGAAUUAUAGUUACACUGAAUGUUAGACUUUUUCAUCUGCCAAAACCAAAAACCAUUUUCAUCUCCCUGUGGUAUAAAUGUAAUGCACAGUCCCAAGUAUAUGAGGACUUAAAAGUUAAUCCUUUGUGGUGGAGGUUCUAUUGUAGGAUGGAAACUUGAUUUUACCACAAGACUAUUGGAUCUGGUGAUUGGAGACUUUGUAGGUGAGGAGAUUUCCCUGUCUAUUUUACUCUGCCACUGUUAAAGUGUAUGAUCCUGGGCAGGUUGGUUGGUUGUGGGAAAUGAGAAUUGACAAUGUUUCCAAUGCCUCACCUCACAGAAAUUCUAAAAAAAUGUCUAUAAAGCAUAUUUACCUCCUGGGAGAUAGGCACUAUGUAAAUAAGGUAAAAUUUUUGUUAGUAUAAUGAUUCAUUAUAAUAUUCUUUUCUGAUUUGUAAGCAUUUCUUAGAAAUGAUUUCAUAGUCCACACCAAUCUAUUCAGGGUUCCUGCAUAUGUGUGAGGUAUCAUCCUGGCACAUACACACACAAAAUUUAUGGGUACAUCAGAUACAUAGUAUGUGUACAUAAGAUGUAUGUGAAUGUGGUUAUACCUAUAUUUCUUCACAAUAUUUUAAGCUGUGAAGAACUUUAUCAUACAAUAAACUUAAAAGAAGAGGUGUCAAAAGACCCAAAUUAGGUGCAUUUUACCUAUUGAUGACAUAACCAUUGCUUUAAAUGUUUAGACAGUAGAAUAUUGAAUUUAUGCUCUAUUUUUGUUUAAGCAGCACUUAAUGUAAAAAUGCAACAGGCAAUCGAGUCCAAAUUUCAGAAAAUAUGUACUUUAGAGUUCACCUUUGGUAAAAGUUUUGGUUCAAGGGAAUAGUUGUUUAAAAGUUUAUUCAGAUUCUUACCUUGAGCUAAAAAAGGUAACAUUGCUGCCCCUUAUACACAUGCUGCAGCUUGAUGAUAAAUAAUAUUUUGAUUCAUUCUGAAGAACCAGUCAAUGUUUAAGAAAGUUGUUUAAUAUGUUGGUGUGUGUGUGCGCGCGCACAAGUGUGUUCUGAGUCUACUCUUCCCCACUAAACACUACAGGGAUUUUAUCAAAUUAGAUUUAAUCUAUAAUUAGGAAAAUCAUUUAGUAUGUGACUUACAGGUUUAGAAGUGGUAUAGUCAAAAACAUUUCAUUCACCUUUUUUGGGCUUUAUUAAAUAGGUAAGAUCAACCUUUUUAUAGAAGUAGGAGAAAUAGCCAAAGUUGAGGAUUUUAUGUGUUUUUCUGUUUCCCUAGAAAAUAGCAACUAAUUGUUUUUUUGGGGGGGGGGGAAUAAAGAUUGCCUUCUAUAUAAUUUUUGGAUUACAUAAAUUUUCAAAAAUGAAAAGAGCCCACUUUACUAUACUCAGCCUGUUACUUUAAUGACGUGAGCAGAAUGCCUUAUUUUGUAAUCUUGUUUAACUUGUUGCUGUGGGUACUUGAAUUCCUGUGGCACUGGUUAAGUAAGUUAAAAAUAAAGUUAAACCCUCUCAUUAUUAAAGAGGAAAGGUGAUGGUGAUGUCUAUAAUACAAUAUAAACCAUAAUUGUGAUUUACCUUAAAUAGGUAUGACUCUUAUGGGAUAUACAGUAUAGUUUUGUGAAUUCUUUACAUGAUAGCAUUAUCUUUUUAUAAUUUUUCCCCCUGAGAUAAAUACAUAGUUUUCUUCUAUGGGGAAUAGAAACAGCUUUUUGAAAUAAUACUGAAAACCUCAAAGAUCAUCUUGAUUCUUAAUUUUUGCCUUUUGCAUAAGUGGCUUUAUAACAUGUAUCUUUAAAACAAUUACUAAGUCUUUAGGAAUGUGUAACCAGAACUGUGUUAGUAUUGCUUAUAAAACCUUAGUUAGGUUCAAUAUAUACAUGUAUACGUCGAUGUAUAGGUAUGUAGAUUUGCAUUUUGUCUUGUAAAAUUUUAUUUGAAUGAAUUCUUCCUGUAGGUAAUGGGAAACAAAAUUAAUAAUUCAUGUGCCACUCAUAGCAUUUCUAUAUUUGAAAAUAGCCCAACAUUGAAACUUCUAAUUCUAAAAUUAAACCAGCAGCCUAUUACAAGCACAUUCUUUGAUUGGGUCAUUGGUUAUAAACUUACUAAAUGCAGAGAAGACAAACUAGUUUUAGGAAACUUCUGAGUUUUAGGAAACUUCUGAGUCGGUGGGACGCUGUUGAUAAAUUAAUAUUGUACUGUAUGAAUUAAGUGAUGCUUUAACUUGUGAUUUUUACAUUUUAAAGUUAAAAUAUGGGCAUUAUGUCAGCACACUUAAGGGCAUUAUGUUAGCAAGCUAAAACUUUUUUUUUCCCCCUGUGCUUUUAAUGUGUCUCUUUAUAUGAUCUGAGAAGAGGAUUCAAGCUUUUAGAGAGAAAUAGCUGAGGGAAAUGGGUAACAUCUUCUUGGAAUGCAGCUUUUUCUUAUGGCAAUGGUUUAAUUACAGAUUAAAAAAUUAGAAGGAUUAAGUGUAUAGUUUUCAUAUCAACAUUUCAAGAAAUUACCAUUGUAACUUGAUAAGAUAUGAGUUAUUUUAUGUAAACAUCAUUGCAAGGCAAGGUGUAGAAGCUCAGCUAGAUUUAUUACUGUGCACGAGAGUAAGUACCUAUCUCAAUUAUUCUUUUUCCUUUCCAAUAUAAAGUUUGCUGAAUGUACAAGAAGAGUUUAUUACUUAGGAUAUAGAAUUUUUUUUUAGGGGUUGGGGGGAGGGGUUCUGUCAAGAAAUGACCUAUAAGCAAAGAUUAUCUUGAUUUGAUCUGAAACAAAACUUGAAGUUAUUCUUGGACUAACAUGGAAAAAUAAAAUGGCUAUUGUUUUAAAAAAAAUGAUAGAAAUAUAUUGUUGAUGAGAUAUGAAUUAAGUUUAUUUUCUACAAACUGUUACUGAUGAGGACAUGGGUAAUACCUUCCAUGUUUCUGAAAAGUAAUCUGUACAUGGGGGGAGGGGAUAAUAAAUAUUAUUUCUAACCAA